UUUUCAUGCUCUUGGUUCUUGAAAAAUAUUGAUCAGUUGCUGUAGACUGGCCCUCAUUUUGUCCUAUGAAAAGCAUAAUUAGAAAGCAAUUUGCAACCUGACAUGUUCUCUAUUUGUAUUGGUAAGGAUUGUGUUGGAGGGAAAGCUGACCAUUUAACUCUGUUGUUUGGGUCUUAGUUUAAUGGCUAUGCUGGGAGCCUCUUCUCAAGUGGUCCUUAUGAAAAAGAUGAUGAGGAAGCAGAUGCUAUCUAUGCAGCUCUGGAUAAAAGGAUGGAUGAAAGAAGAAAAGAAAGAAGAGAGCAAAGAGAGAAAGAAGAAAUUGAGAAAUACCGAAUGGAACGCCCCAAAAUCCAACAGCAGUUCUCAGAUCUCAAGAGGAAGCUGGCAGAGGUUACAGAAGAAGAGUGGCUGAGCAUCCCAGAGGUUGGCGAUGCCAGAAACAAACGCCAGCGGAACCCACGCUAUGAGAAGCUGACUCCUGUUCCUGACAGUUUCUUUGCCAAACACUUACAAACUGGAGAGAACCACACCUCUGUGGAUCCCCGACAAACACAAUUUGGAGGACUGAACACACCCUAUCCAGGUGGCCUGAACACUCCAUACCCAGGUGGGAUGACACCAGGAUUGAUGACACCUGGUACAGGGGAGCUGGACAUGAGGAAGAUUGGCCAAGCAAGGAAUACCCUGAUGGACAUGAGGCUGAGCCAGGUAUCUGACUCAGUGAGUGGGCAGACUGUUGUGGACCCCAAAGGCUAUCUGACGGAUCUAAACUCUAUGAUUCCAACCCAUGGAGGGGACAUCAAUGACAUCAAGAAGGCACGGCUGCUUCUCAAGUCUGUUCGGGAGACAAAUCCUCAUCACCCACCAGCCUGGAUUGCAUCAGCUCGCCUGGAAGAAGUCACUGGAAAGCUGCAAGUGGCUCGGAACCUUAUUAUGAAGGGGACUGAGAUGUGCCCUAAGAGUGAAGACGUUUGGCUAGAAGCAGCCAGGUUGCAGCCUGGGGACACAGCCAAGGCUGUGGUGGCCCAAGCUGUCCGCCAUCUCCCACAGUCUGUUAGGAUUUACAUCAGAGCAGCAGAGCUGGAAACAGACAUUCGAGCAAAAAAGCGGGUUCUUCGGAAAGGUGAGCCUCCCUUGGAAGUGCCUAUUAAUAAGCAGUUGUCCCUGCAGGUUGUGUCACUUGAAGGAGGUGUGUUUUGUUGAUUUGUCUUGGAGAGGAGCUCUUCUGCUCCUCAGC